AUGUAUGGAGGAGAUGAUUGUCAGCCUCUCAUGAAGCACUCCAAUGACGUUUCAUUCAGUUCUCAACGUGACGUCAGUCAUACUUUGCGUUGCAAAUGUCAUAACAAGAAUAAAAUAAUCCCUACUCUUAACAACGUUAAUGACAAAAUCACUAGCAGUCUAAAUAUCCAUGCUAACAUCAAUGCUUUUGAUGGUAGCAUCCUAAAUAACGUAUUUUCUUAUGAGACGGCAUCGUCAACAAUAUCAGCAGAUUCUCGCAGAUAUGUUGCUGAUUCAAAUAGUACGGAUAAUGGAGUCAUCAAAUUUAGUAGCUAUAACAACAAUAAUGCCGACUGUUAUAACAUUCACUCGUUACACAACAUUAAAAACAACAACAACAACAACAUAGACAACAUAUACAGCACAAACAACAACAACAACCAUUGCAACAACAUCAUUUGUUUCUGUAAGGAAGGUGAUGAGGAUGACGACUCUACAACGCCAUCAACAACGAAGUUAAGAACAGCAACACUAUCAUUAACAACAUCAAAAACUUCGACACCUGACCUCAUUCCAAAAACUACAACAACGUCACCACAGUACAAAGUAGCAAUGCAAUCCCCGAGUCCAGCAGACGAUGAUGCUGAUGCACUGUGUGGUGAUCUCUACCGAUACGUCUGCGGCAAUUUGCAGGAAGGAAUAAUGAAUGAAAAAGUUGAAAAUGAUAGUUUGAAGAGUGAAAAAUUUAAAGUUAAAAACAUGAAAAAUGAUGAAAAGAAUAGUAAAAAAAUAAAUAAAGAUAAGGAAAUGAUGGAUCGCAAGGAUUAUGCAAAGGAAUGGGAACGUAUCUUUCCGCUGUCAACUCAAAUUAUGGAUCAGUUGGAAAAACUCUUAGAAAACGACCUGGCCCUUGAAAAGUUGGACGUAGCCGCUAUAAACAAGGCUUCCAAACACUACAGGACAUGUGUUGCUUCGUUUGAAGCUGCUCACAUGGUUGUCGACGAUGGCGGUACAUCAAGAAAAACUGUCUGGAAGUAUUUCGCUGAGUUUUUCAGAAAUGCUACACCACCAUCGUCCUUCACCUCCGAGCCGAACAGCACCAGCAGUUUCAACCGUGGAAACGAAAAAUCAUUCGACCUGGAAAAUUACUUGGGGAUUUCCCACUCUAUCGAUGUUUUUCCGUUCGUCAAAUUGGGUGAUGGAUAUGAUGAAGAAUUGAAACGGAACAUCUUGUCGUUAGAUGUCGGCGACCUAUCAUACAAAGGUCCCAAAAGUUUCCUCCUGUCGCAGUACAGCCGCACUAACAAGAGACGUUACAUAGAUGGGAUGAGAGAGAUUGCUUUGAGGAUGGGUGGCAAUCACCUCGGCAGAAAAUGGAUGGAUAAACUUUGGGAUACGGAAGUGAAACUUUUUAAAAUGUCCAUUGUCAGUUCGGAAGAUACAAACAUCAACAGUAAUAUAAACAACAACAACAACAUCAACAACAACAACAACAAUAACAUCAACAACAUAAAAGACACUAAUGUAAUAAAUGAUAAACGCAUCAUCGUUAACACGAACAUCAAUGACGACGACGACGUUUUAACGAGUGUUGAAAAUAUUCAAAAACUUUUUAAAAAUACGUUGGAUAUACGAAAGUUGAUACGGGCGUGUCUUGGCUGUAACGUUACCGACAGAACACUUAUACGCGUCAAAAAUGUCAAGUACAUCAAGUCACUGACUGAACUCCUUUCUUCGUUAACAGUCUCGACCAAAGUUGACCUCAUUACGUUACUUACUUACCCAUCGUCGUCAUCUUCCAAUCCAAUCCAACUACCAAGAAGACCUACGCUGAAUAAGAAACACCACUGUCUGUCAUCAACUCUCCAGAUAUAUAAGUUUGCUGUUGGCUGUGCGUUUGCUUUGGAAAAGAGUUUGGCGAUUGAAGACGAGUUUUCAGUGGCCAGCCUCUUCAAUAUCAUUAAGAAAACACUACUCAGUGAAUUUCUGCUACCAGCUAACAACAACAACGCAACAACUAACAAUAACAACGCAACCACCAACAACAACAACAACAUAUAUAACGAUACCACCGCUACUUUUAACAUCAGCAACAGUUACAUGCAAAAAAUAAAGACAGCUACGAUGAAAAAGAAGAUUGAAACCUUGAAAUUCAAAAUUAUUUCUACCCUUUCCAAUCAGGAUAUUAUUUUUCUGGAUCAAUUGUAUUCUAAGAUAGAGGUGAGUGAUUGGACGUUUCAAGAUGUCGUCAUAAACAACAUUGAGAUGAGAAAAUCUGAACUGGAAAAUAAAGCGCACCAAAAAUUCGAUUGGAACGUUGCCCCAUACGAAACAAGGCCGGUCUACAACGUGCUGAACAACGAGAUAUCCAUUCCUAUCGCUCUUCUUCAAGAUGAGUUCAGACAACCUGGGCACCUUGAAUUCGGUUCGUUUGGACAUACGCUGGUUCAAACCGCCAUCAGAAAUCUGUUGAACGUAAAUGAUGAAGCUCCACAUAUUAGCAAGAAAACGACCAUGCUAGACAAGGAAUCAAGCAUAAUUCAUCUCGCCCUACAAAUAGCAUUGGAGUCCAAUAAAAAAUGGAUCGCCUUACACAAGCUGAACGGUAACCAACCCACGUGGAAGCAAUUUUACCUCAAGUUUAUGCAGGUAUGCUUAGCGAUUGUUUAA